UCUUUGCUGCUUCUUGUUGAAACAUUUCUUGCCCCUGUCUUUCUACUGCUCUCUGUUUCUUUAUAUUCCUCUCUUUGUAAUUAAUGUCAACAGAGUCAUUUGUUUUUUGUGUGUUAGGUGUGAAGUGCUUACAUGAAGACAUACAGCUUCUGUUCUAUCCAUAAGUCUAAUGUUGAAAAGGUUUUCAGCAGAUUUUACUCAGAGAAUAGUAACUUGUGUGUUUGUGUGGCUCACAGUGCUAGUUAUCAAAGUUAUGUAUCUGGACAGUCACUGGUGGGUUAAGGUGAAUUGCUUUCUUUCUGAGCCUGUUGAAUUGUUUUCAUUAAUAGACCCCUUUCUUUCAGAAUAUUUGCACCAACUAUCUUAUGAGUCACCUACUUUAUUGUUUUCAAGACCAUAGAUGUUCUUGUGGUCUCAAAUGCCCACCACAUCCUGCAGUGUCUUAGUCACUCAGACUCUCCCGAACCUGCUGCACACAUCAUCAGGCUAUAAACCAGGGCCUUAGAUCAGAGCCUGCAUAGAGAGCACUCCGCCUGGAUGAGCAAGGUAAUGGUUAUGCACCAGAGAAGGCUACAUAGAGAUGCACACGAAAUCCAACUGCAAGGACAGUGAGAGAAACGCUUUGAAGGAUUAUGAAUUAUUUCAAGGCCUAUUCUGAGCGUCGCUGGAUAGACUGACCUUGGCCGAGCGCCAGGCAGGGCCCUGCUCCUCAAACCUCGAGAGUCUGCCUGCUGGUACCUUGACAUGGGGAACCUCCUGAAAGUUUUGACAUGCACAGACCUUGAGCAGGAGCCCAAUUUUUUCCUCGAUUUUGAAAAUGCCCAGCCCACAGAAGCAGAGCGUGAAGUAUGGGAUCAGGUAGACGUGGUGCUGAAGGAUGCAUGCACCAUCCUGGAUGAGCUGCAGGCCUAUAAGGGUGCAGGCCAGGAGAUUCGAGAGGCCAUCCAGAACCCCAACGAUGAGGCGCUGCAGGAGAAAGCCUGGGCCGCCGUGGUGCCACUGGUGGGCAAGCUGAAGAAGUUCUACCAGUUCUCGCAGAGAUUAGAGGCGGCGCUGCACAGCCUGCUGCGGGCCCUGACUAGCGAGACGUACGUCGACCCCACACAGCACCUGGAACGCGAGCAGGCGCUGGCCAAGCAGUUCGCCGAGAUCCUGCACUUCACGCUGCGCUUCGACGAGCUCAAGAUGACAAAUCCUGCCAUCCAGAACGACUUCAGCUACUACAGGAGAACCCUCAACCGUAUGAGGAUCAACAAUGUCCCUGCCGAGGGCGAAAAUGAAGUCAACAACGAGCUGGCCAAUCGGAUAUCUCUGUUCUACGCCGACGCCACGCCCAUGUUGAAGACUUUAAGCGAUGGCACCACUAAGUUUGUCUCGGAGAACAAGAACCUGCCAAUCGAGAACACGACUGAUGUCCUCAGCACUAUGGCCAGUGUGUGCAAAGUCAUGCUGGAGACACCAGAGUACCGCAGCCGCUUUGCCAGCGAGGACACUGUGUCCUUCUGCCUGCGGGUGAUGGUGGGCGUCAUCAUCCUCUACGACUACGUCCAUCCCGUGGGGGCCUUCGCCAAGUCCUCCAAGAUUGACAUGAAAGGGUGCAUCAAGGUUCUCCGUGACCAGCCUCCAAACAGUGUAGAAGGCCUUCUUAAUGCUCUCAGGUACACCACAAAGCAUCUGAAUGACGAGUCGACCAACAAGGCCAUAAAAGCCAUGCUGCAGUAAAACCUCCUCUGGGAUCCACCUCUCCUCUGCCCCCCCUUGCUCUUUACCCUCCACUCCCCAUCCCGUCACAGCGAUGCACAGAAUGUUUUUAUAUGAAAAUCUUACAAAAAAAAUACUACAGAGAGGAAGACAGAGAGAGAAACAAAAUAUGGGGAAAAGAAAACAACGGCUUUGGGCGUCUCUCCCUCCCCUGAUUUUGUCUUUUCACAGAAAAAGUGAAUGCUACUGCCGUAACCGGACAUCAUUUUUGUGCCAAAACAGCGUCGCUUCGAUUUGCUUUUACACGUCUCUCUGGAAAGGCCAUGCAACAAAUGGCAGCUAUAAAAGCAUUUCUCGUUACUUCUCCUUCUUUUCUCGUUCUCCUUUUUAAUUGAGCGUUUGUUUUCUUCCUGUGUGAGGGAGGGGGGAAUGUUUUGACUUGAAAUUUAAAAAAAGAGAGAUAUACAUAGAGAAAUAUAUAUAUAUAUGAAUAUAUAUUAUUUUUGUUUGAAUUAAUAUUUAAUAUUUCAUCCUCUGCAUGACAAAAUGAUGUCUCUUUUCCUCUAUUUAAAAAAUGAACUAAUACUUAAAAUUCAUUUAUCAGCGUCAGUUUUUUUUCUGUAAAUUUAAGGAUGGAAAUGUUUAAAUUAUGUUUUUGUUAUUGAAAUGGUACUUGUCACAAUGGAGAUUAUUAAAAGAUAGUACUGUUUUAUGUUUUAUAUUUUUUAUAGAUCUUGAUUUAAGUGUUAUUGUCUUUUUUCAUAGUUGUAUUGUGAUUUUAUUUUUUUUUCUUCUAUUUUGAAAACUAACUUUCAAACUGUGAUGGGGGUUCAAUUAAGUGGAAGUCUGGUGUGAAAAAUGGUGACUUGUGCUGUCGGGAAACAAUAAAAACUGCUUUCAUGUUUUUGUA